GACCCAGGAGUCACUAGAAGCGCAAGAUGGCGACGGCGGCCGCAGCGUCGGCUUCGGAAGCGGAGGCUGAGCCCAAGGCCGGGCCCAAGGCCGAGGGGGAGGAGGCUGAAGCUAAGGAGGCUAGGACGAGGAGGAAAGUGUUAUCGCGGGCCGUGGCCGCCGCGACGUACAAGACCGUGGGGCCGGAGUGGGACCAGCAGGAGGAAGGCGUGAGUGAGAGCGAUGGAGAUGAGGAGUACGCCAUGGCUUCCUCGGCCGAGAGCUCCCCGGGGGAGUACGAGUGGGAGUACGACGAAGAGGAGAAGAACCAGCUGGAGAUCGAGCGGCUGGAGGAGCAGCUGUCUAUCAACGUCUAUGACUACAACUGCCACGUGGACCUGAUCCGGCUGCUUCGGUUGGAAGGAGAGCUUACCAAAGUGAGGAUGGCCCGCCAGAAGAUGAGCGAGAUCUUUCCUUUGACCGAAGAGCUCUGGCUGGAGUGGCUGCAUGACGAGAUCAGCAUGGCCCUGGACGGCCUGGACAGAGAGCACGUGUAUGACCUCUUCGAGAAAGCGGUGAAAGAUUACAUCUGUCCUAACAUUUGGCUAGAGUACGGCCAGUACUCAGUCGGCGGGAUUGGUCAGAAAGGUGGCCUUGAGAAAGUCCGCUCUGUGUUUGAAAGGGCCCUCUCGUCCGUCGGGUUACACAUGACCAAGGGACUCGCCAUCUGGGAGGCUUAUCGGGAGUUCGAAAGUGCCGUCGUGGAAGCUGCCCGGCUGGAGAAAGUCCACAGUCUCUUCCGGCGACAGUUGGCGAUCCCACUCUACGAUAUGGAGGCAACGUUUGCAGAGUAUGAAGAAUGGUCAGAAGACCCCAUACCAGAGUCAGUAAUUCAGAACUAUAACAAAGCACUACAGCAGUUGGAGAAAUAUAAACCCUAUGAAGAAACACUGUUGCAAGCCGAAGCACCCAGGCUGGCUGAAUAUCAAGCAUACAUCGAUUUUGAGAUGAAAAUUGGAGACCCCGCCCGCAUUCAGUUGAUCUUUGAGCGUGCUUUGGUCGAGAACUGCCUUGUCCCAGACUUAUGGAUCCGUUACAGUCAGUACCUAGAUCGGCAGCUGAAAGUAAAGGAUUUGGUUUUAUCUGUACACAGUCGCGCUGUUAGAAACUGCCCGUGGACAGUUGCCCUGUGGAGUCGGUACCUCUUGGCCAUGGAAAGACAUGGAGUUGAUCAUCGAGUGAUUUCGGUGACCUUUGAGAAAGCUCUGAGUGCUGGCUUCAUUCAGGCCACUGAUUAUGUGGAGAUUUGGCAGGCGUACCUUGAUUACCUGAGGAGAAGGGUCGAUUUCAAACAAGACUCCAGUAAAGAGCUGGAGGAGCUGCGGUCUGCGUUCGCCCGCGCCUUGGAGUACCUGAAGCAGGAGGUGGAGGAGCGUUUCAGUGAGAGUGGAGAUCCAAGCUGCCUGAUCAUGCAGAACUGGGCUCGGAUUGAGGCUCGACUGUGCAAUAACAUGCAGAAAGCCCGGGAGCUCUGGGACAGCAUCAUGACCAAAGGGAACGCCAAGUAUGCCAACAUGUGGCUUGAGUAUUACAACCUGGAAAGGGCCCACGGUGACACUCAGCACUGCAGGAAGGCUCUGCACCGGGCCGUCCAGUGCACCAGCGACUACCCAGAACACGUCUGUGAGGUGUUGCUCACCAUGGAGAGGACAGAAGGUACUUUAGAAGAUUGGGAUAUAGCCGUUCAGAAAACCGAAACUCGACUGGCUCGCGUUAAUGAGCAGAGAAUUAAGGCUGCAGAGAAGGAAGCAGCCCUCGCCCAGCAAGAGGAAGAAAAGGCUGAACAGCGGAAGAGGGCCCGGGCAGAGAAGAAGGCGUUGAAAAAGAAGAAGACGGCCAGAGGCUUGGACAAGAGCAGAGCUGGCGAGGAUGAGGAGGAGGAGUGGGGCGACGAUGAGGAAGAGCAGCCUUCCAAGCGCAGGAGGGUGGAGAACAGCGUUCCUCCCGCUGGGGAAGCUGAGCCGGGCCCAGAAGCCGACCCGGGCCUCUCUGGGAGCAGUGCCCCUGCGGCCGCAGAGCCUCCCUCUGAGCAGAAGGAGCAGCGGGCGGCCGCCCGAAGGAGGGAUGUGCCCAAGGUGCUGCACGACAGCAGCAAGGACGGCGUCACUGUCUUCGUCAGCAACCUGCCUUAUGGCCUGCGGGAGCCUGCCGCCACGCUCCGGCCGCUCUUCGAGGCCUGUGGGGAUGUGGUCGAGGUCCGCCCCAUCUUCAGCAACCGCGGCGACUUCCGGGGCUACUGCUACGUCGAGUUUAAAGAGGAGGCGGUGGCCCUGCGGGCCCUGGAGCUGGAUCGGCAGACCGUUGAGGGGCGGCCAAUGUUUGUCUCCCCCUGUGUGGACAAGAGCAAAAACCCAGACUUCAAGGUGUUCAGGUACAGCACUGCCCUGGAGAAACACAAGCUGUUCGUCUCGGGCCUGCCAUUCUCUUGCACGAAAGAGGAACUAGAAGAGAUCUGCAAGGCCCACGGCACUGUCAAGGACAUCCGGCUGGUCACCAACCGGGCCGGCAAACCCAAGGGCCUGGCCUACGUGGAGUACGAAAACGAAUCCCAGGCAUCUCAGGCCGUCCUGAAGAUGGAUGGCAUGACUAUCAAAGAGAACGUCAUCAAAGUGGCUAUCAGCAACCCGCCUCAGAGGAAGGCUCCGGAGAAGCCAGAGGCAAGGAAAGCCCCGGGGGGCGCCAUGGUGCCGCGGCAGAUCUACGGAGCGCGGGGGAAGGGGAGGACCCAGCUCUCUUUGCUGCCCCGCGCCCUGCACCGCCCAAGCGCCACCGCAGCCCAGGCUGAGAACGGCCCUGCCCCACCGCCGGCGGCCACCGAGGUACCCAAGAUGUCCAAUGCCGACUUUGCCAAGUUGCUUCUGAGAAAGUGAGUGGGACUGUGUGAGAAGGGAAAUGCCUUACUUGAUGCUGGCCGGGAAGACGCCCGGUGCCCAGCUGCGCCCUGGCUGUGCAGGACCCAGUGCAGCGCCCGUGACCACACGCUUGCUCUGGUUUAGGUAGGACGGGAAAAGGGUGUCCAAGGAAAAAAGAGGCUUUAAGUGCUCCCUCAUAUUGAGGGCGAGAGGACGAAAACGGUCACUCCACAGGCUGGGUGCAGGGUGCAGUUUCCUAAGAUGUGUCUUAAAGAGUGAGAAACAGAAGUGAAACGCGAACACACCGUCUUGAGACCCCCUUGUCCAAAUAUUUUUGGCCACCUCUGGUCCCCUUUUUAUAAGACACUUCUCUUACACCCUGCACAGCACAUGUGCCCGUCACUCUUUUAAUUUUUAAAAGACAAAAUGGCAGAUGUUAGUAAUUCACCAGAAUGGCCUAUUUUAGUAAAGGGGUGGGGGCAAGGGGCAUCACAUAAAAAACAUCUGAUGGGCUUUUGUUCGCUGGGGGCUGUGCGUUUUUAUAUUACGUAUUUGUAAAUGACACGUCAACCCACUGUUUUGUUUCCUAAAAGCAAAAUACUUGUGACAUUUGUAUAGGAAUUCUGUGCGCCAUCUGCUAUGGACGUUUUUCUUUGCCUAGUGACUAGUGAACUGUGUUCUUUGUCUAAAUACUGAGUUUCAGCCCUUUGGUUUUGUUUAAAUAGCAUUGUCAAGUGCAAACUUAAAUUCUCCCCAUUUAGCUUUGUUUAUUAAACUGAAGUUCUCUUAAAA